AUGGACUCGAAACGUGGCGAUGAUGCAAACGACACGGCGACGUCUUCUCAGGCCUCUAGCUUACCAAACAACCUGCGGACUCUUCUACCAGCGCCAACAGCAACUAGCCCACCUGUUAUCUCGGAACCGGAGCAGCCCCCAAAGCCACCCAGGCAGCCUGUCCCGGCUGCGUGUCUGCAAUGCCGCAAGAGGAAAGUAAAGUGUACUGGCACUCGACCAACUUGUUCCCGCUGCUCCAUCCAGGGGCUCGACUGCAAAUGGGAUACCGAACCGGACACGACCCGUUCCGAAUCACUUCGGCGACGGAAUGAGGAGCUGGAGCGAGAGAACGAGGAUUUACACGAGAUUUUGCGAUUCUUGACUCAUCGGCCCAAAGAAGAAGCGCUGGAGAUCCUCAACCGAUUGCGAUCUACUGGUGACGUGUUCCGAGUGUUGGAGCUCGUACGCGUGGGAGACCUUCUUCUUGGAAAACACUCGAAGGAUACCUAA